AGAUACAGUGGGGUUGGGGAGAGUGGAGAGAGCAGCCUCAGAGAGAGAAAAGGAGGAAUAUUUUAAGAAGAGAAAAAUACAGAGCGGGACAAAGAUAUGUUUUAAGGUGAGAGAGAGGAAGGAUGAUUUAUGGUGGAGCAAGCCAUUGACACAGCGAGAAAAAGAUGAGCUAACUGAACAUUCCUGGAGAAAACCAACAGUGACAAGAUCGUGGGACAGGAAAAGAGGGACAGAAGGAGAGAGAGGACAGAUCGAGAGAUGCAUGCAGUCAAUUGUACUCAUUCGAUGGUCAUCUCCUUAGUGUCUACAGAACCAUGCCGACUACACCUGUCGCCACAAUGUGACAGCGACUGUCUGACCACGGAGACCAUCACAUAGACAGUCCACAACACUUUAGAUUCCUAUGGCACUGUAACCUGGCAACAGCAGAUACCUACAGCGCUGUAACUUGGCAACAACACUGAGUCAACUCAAUCGAAUUGCCACUGCUGAAUCGACUCCUCUGAAUCAACUCCUCUCGGCUGUGAGGAUGCUGAGGGUGUCAAUGGUCCUACUGCAGAGGCAGCUGAUCCUGUGUGUGUGGGUGUGUGUGUCCAGUGCUCUAGUGGUCCAUUCCCUGCCAUGGAGCGUUUCCUGCCCUGCAGGGUGUGUGUGUCAGAUCAAGCCCUGGUUUUCCCCCCAGUCAUCGUCCCGCGAGGUUCCAACUGUGGACUGUAACAACCUGUUCCUGACCCAGCUCCCCUCCCCUCUCCCCCUAGACACACACACCCUCCGUCUGCAGAGUAACCUGCUGUUUGCCUUGGAGACACCACUGUUACACACACUCCCCAACCUUACUGACCUGGAUCUGUCUCAGAACCGCUUCAGCAGUGUUAGGACACUAACCUUAACCCAGCCCCAGACUCCCUCCCUGCGCUCCCUACUCUCCUUGCACAUUGAGGAGAACCAGCUCCGGUCCCUGCCCCCUGCCUCCUUCUCUUCCCUGCCUGCCCUACAGGAGCUCUUCCUCAGCCACAACCAGCUGGCCUCCCUGGCUCCUGGAGCCUUCUCUGGCCUGGGCUCUCUGCUGCGCCUGCACCUCAACAACAACCACCUGACCUCAAUAGACCCCCUCUGGUUCACCACCCUGCCCCGCCUCCAGGUGCUGAUGCUGGGGGGAAACCCAGUGGAGGUCCUCCCUGAACGGGGCUUCCAGGCCCUGGGGUCUCUACGCAGCCUGGUGCUGGGGGGCAUGGGGCUGAAAGGGUUGCCUGAGAGGGCCCUGGAGGGGCUGGACAGUCUGGAGAGCCUGUCCUUCUACGACAACCUCCUCACCACUGUCCCCACACAGGCUCUGAGGAGGCUCCCUGGCCUGAAGUUUCUGGACCUGAAUAAGAACCGUCUGAGUCUGGUUCAGACAGGGGACUUCAGGGACCUGAUCCACCUGACAGAGCUGGGUCUGAACAACAUGGAGGAGCUGGUAGCCAUCGAGAGGGCAGCCAUGGAAAACCUGCCUGAGCUCACCAAGCUGGAGAUCACCAACAACCCCCGGCUGUCCUACAUCCACCCUAAGGCCUUCUUUCGGCUGGGCAGGCUAGAGAGCCUGAUGCUCAACUCCAACGCUCUGAGUGCUCUGCACCAAAACACUGUCCUGUCUCUGCCCAGCCUGAGGGAGGUCAGCCUACACUCCAACCCCCUCCGCUGUGACUGCCUGUUUCGCUGGGUGGCUGAGGAGCACACUCACACAGACGGCGAUGCACACACAGAUACACAGAUGCCACAGGCUGUGAGGUUUAUCCAGCCCCAGGCCACGUUGUGUUCUGGGCCUCCAGAGCUGAGGGCUCGCAGGGUGAGGGAGGUGUCAAUCACAGAGAUGUCAGCCUCCUGCCUCCCCCUCAUCCCCCCUGGCAUCCUCCCCCUUUACGUGGGGGUGAGAGAGGGGGAGAGGCUGGCCCUGCACUGUCGCGCCCUGGCAGAGCCUCAGCCCACAAUCUACUGGGUCACUCCUUCUGGACAGAGACUGGGAUCAUCCAACAACCCCCACAGCCCCAAGCCUGCAUCCAGCCUCAAUUCCAAGCCUGGAUCCAGCCUCAACUCCAAGCCUGGAUCCACCCUCAACUCCAAGCCUGCAUCCACCCUCAACUCCAAGCCUGCAUCCAGCCUCAACUCCAAGCCUGCAUCCAGCCAGACAUCCAACUACUCCUCUUACCAUUCCCCCUUACCCAGCCCAGCAUCUGGUAAUGCCUCUGUCCUCUUUUCCAGCCUCACCCCUUCCACUCCCCCCCCCCCCUCCUCCCCUGCCUACCGGCUCCUGCCUGAGGGGACAUUGGAGAUCGUCAUGGUGACGGCCCGGGAGGCGGGUCUGUACACCUGUGUGGCUGAGAACACACUGGGGGCCGACACUCACAGUGUGACUGUAGGGGUGCAGGGGCGAGGGAGGGGGUUGAGGCAACAGAUGUUGGAGGGGAGAGGAUAGGGUUUGAAGAAGAGGGUUUUGAGGGAAGGGAGGUCACGUGAGGGAAAGGGUCAAGACAGCAAGCAUAAUGAGCAGCACACAUAUAAAUAAAGCCUAGUUAUAUAAAUAAUGAAUGAUAUAAUACACAUAAUAACACACACACACACACACAAAAACACACACACAUACUUGCAGUACA